CCACAAGUCCGUUAACGCAGCACGGUAAUCGAGCCGCCUGUAUUCGUCACACGGCGUCUCUCCGCGGCGUCAUGGUAACACUCUCAACACUGGACCUCUGAUGAAAGAAAACGACACAAACAAGUGCUUUUAAUGCAGCUGUUAUUCAGCAUGAAUUUGGCUGAGAUAUGUGACAAUGCCAAGAAGGGACGUGAGUAUGCUCUGCUGGGUAACUAUGACUCCUCCAUCGUGUACUACGAAGGCGUCAUUCAACAGAUCCACAAGCACUGCCAGUCCCUCAGAGACCCUGCACUUAAAGGCAAAUGGCAACAGGUCAGGCAGGAACUGACCGAGGAGUAUGAGCAGGUGAAAGGCAUCAUGGGAACUCUGGAGAGCUUCAAGUCAGAGAGGCCAGCUGACAUUCUUGCCCCUCAGUCUGAGGAGAGACCCGUGGAUCCAGCAGUGUGGCCCCCUCCCACCCCUGCAGAACACAGGAAUCCUGUUGCAGUGAAGCGCCCCACCAGUGCGGCGAAGCAGCAGAGGAAGGAAUCCCCUGGUCUGCACCAUCGAGGGGCAGGGGUAGGAGGCCGCGGUCAGGCCAACCCUAAACCAGACCGGCCGGGUUACAGAGACGCCCGAGGAACAAAGGCCAAAGACGAUAAGGGGAAGAAAGUGGCUGGAGAUUGCCCAGGGGAUGUAGAGCAGAAGAAGUUUGACGGCACGGGAUAUGACAGCGACCUGGUGGACUCACUGGAGAGAGAUAUUGUGUCUCGUAACCCUAACGUACACUGGGAAGACAUUGCUGACCUGGAAGAUGCCAAGAAGCUGCUGAGAGAAGCGGUGGUGUUGCCCAUGUGGAUGCCCGACUUCUUUAAGGGAAUUCGUCGCCCCUGGAAGGGCGUGCUAAUGGUCGGCCCUCCCGGGACGGGGAAAACCAUGUUAGCCAAAGCUGUGGCCACAGAAUGUGGGACUACUUUCUUCAACGUGUCCUCCUCCACCCUCACCUCCAAAUACAGGGGCGAGUCAGAAAAACUUGUUCGUCUGCUGUUCGAAAUGGCUCGGUUUUAUGCACCAACAACCAUCUUCAUAGACGAGAUCGACUCCAUCUGUGGCAGAAGAGGAACAUCUGACGAACAUGAAGCCAGCCGCAGGGUCAAAUCAGAACUUCUGGUUCAGAUGGAUGGCGUUGGGGGAGCUCUGGAUAAUGAUGACCCCUCUAAGAUGGUGAUGGUCCUCGCCGCCACCAACUUUCCCUGGGACAUCGACGAGGCGUUACGACGACGGCUGGAGAAGCGGAUCUACAUCGCCCUGCCUACAGCUCUAGGUCGGGUGGAGCUUCUAAAGAUCAACCUGAGGGAGGUGGAGGUUGCUGAUGACGUGGAUUUGGACCUCAUUGCUGAGAAGAUUGAGGGUUACUCUGGAGCAGACAUCACCAACGUUUGCAGAGAUGCGUCCAUGAUGGCAAUGCGUCGUCGGAUCCAAGGCUUGAGCCCCGAGGAGAUCCGAGCUCUGUCGAAAGACGAGCUGCAGAUGCCCGUGACCAUGGAGGACUUCACCCUCACAUUGAAGAAGAUCUCAAAGUCUGUCUCCGCCGCCGACCUAGAGAAAUACGUAGCCUGGAUGUCUGAGUUUGGGUCAGUAUAGAGAACGGUACCGUUUAGACCCAGAGGGACCAGAACCUUGAAAGGAGGACUUUGAAAAAUGAUGAAAGCCUUGAAGACGAGAGACUCGGGAGUGUGUGUCACGGAGCGGAGUGAACUCAAGUGUGUGAACCAGGCAGCACAUCAGGGAUCAAGAUUAUACAGGAGCUCAAGUUCGCAUCAGAGGACCGGUGCCUUUGAGAGAGCAUGAUGAGAACUUUCAGUGGCUUCACUCCUGCCCUUUCACAUACCCUCCCCUCGCUGUUGCUUCCACACAAUUGUCCGUGUAGAGACUCUCAGCUGUUGACUGACUUAAGUGACCCGAGGAAGAAAGGGGAACUUUUAAUGUAGAAAGUAGCCUAGUACACACCGGUAGACCAGGGAAUGCACAGUUUUACUUGCAUGUUCGUCCUCGUGCAAGAACAUUUUCAUAACAUUUUCGUAUUCUUAUGUUCGUACUAGAGGUAAAAGUCAAAUUCACCAAACAAACUUUGCUCGUAAAUUGCCCGUUUCAACCUGAUGAAUUGCAACUGUUUACAAGUAGGUGAGCGUUCAUUAGAUUUGAUCAUUUUGGAUAAUCAACGCCUCUAAAAUUGCUAUAAAAUUGUCCUUGUUUUUCUCCAUUUGUGGGCAAGUUUCAUUCAAAAAUGUUACCAAAGAGUAAAAAUAAGAAUUUCACACUGCCGAGCUUCACAUCCUGCCGUCAGAAAUCAGCAGUCGAAACCAUAACAAGUUUAAGGAGUCGAAGUAGUCGUAUUAGGAGCCCUGAAAUAAUCUUAAUUAGCCAGAGGCAGUGAGAGAAUUUUCCUAAUAAAUACUGAAUAAUUUAAGUGGACAUGCCAAAAUUUGCCCAGAAAACUUACAAAACAUGUUGUCAAACCUCUCAGUAAAUUGGCAAGCCGUGAUAAUGAUUAUAAUCAUUCAGAUUAAAGCAUCAAAAUUCAGACUUUCUGUUUUCUGAAAUCACUUGAUCGUGCCACCUAAGAGCAAAUCUGUUACCACUAGUGAUUCUUGCACGGGGCACAUCGUCAUAAAGAACUGUAUGUUUGAGCACUUUUAAUGUAUUUCCUUCAGGAGCCCAUGUACUUACUACUGACUGAACACACUUGAAGAACCACAAUGUCUCUGUGUUAUAUAGUGUCUGGUUAUUAUGUGUUUGAAUUUUUGUUGUUGUUGUUGGUUUUAAUAUUUGUUUUCAAUUUUAGUUCUGUUGAGACAAACAAAUGUAGUCAUGCUAAAAAGAACAUGGCCACUAGACCCAGGAUUGUUCAUUAAAGGAUUCAGUUAAACCUCGCCUACGUAAUGGUCCCUGUAUUUUAUGAAACUGUUAAAUUGAUCACCCAAAAGUGAGUCAGGUUCCCAACUCAAGGCCCCUUUUUCCAGAGCUUUCAACCGUAUCACUCUGUCUUCAUCAGCAGAUUGAGUUUGCUCUGUUGUCAUGUUGACAUUCAAGCUGAGAAUGAACUCAUUAACCCAGCAUGAACAGAACAAAAUCUUAAAAUUGCUACGGAUGACAUCAUAACUGCUACAUCUCCAUGACAACUGGGCAGACUCCAUGAAGCCUAUGUGACAAGGUUAAAAACUCUUGUAAAAAAAAGCUUGUAAAUUGACCUUGAGUUGUGAUUAUCUUGUGAAAUUAUUGGAAUGUUAUUUUUGAUAUAUUGUAUUAAACCCGUGAUGUGAGCUACAAGACAUUGAAAUACUUGAUAGUCGCAAAAUAAUCAGUUCUUGACAGUAUGAUCAGUAUUCGUGAAGUAAUUUAGAGACUCGCUCAUGUUUUUGGAUCUGUAGCAGAGCUGUGUAGCAGAAAUGUCUAGAUUUGCCUGUGUAUGUUUGGAAAAGAUAGAAACAGCAUCACAUGUACAUCAGCCUGUUGUAUCAUCCUGACUGUACAUACCGGCUGUUUAUGUUGUCAGAAUACACUGUGCACCCUUUGCCAUUC